UUUGACUUGGUGACAGAUAAGCUGAUCAGUUAGCUGUCACCGAAGUGUCAGCGUCUUAAAGCAGCUUCGCCGCCGGCAUCCGCACCACUUGUGGCUGUACUUGAAAGGAAGAUCUCUUCCUUCGAAGUGAUUCAAAAUGAGCAGUGGCUACAGACUGGAUAUCAGCGAGGGAAAUCCAAAGACAGAUGAGAAAGGAAAGAAAAUUGUGUACGCCGUUUUAGCUGUGGGAGCUGUAUUAGCUAUUGUAGGUGUAGCGUUGAUUAUAGUCGGUGUCGUGCGUAAAGGUGAACCUUGCGAGGAAAACGCUACGGUUAAACCAACAACCAACGUUCCGCCAACAACCUCAUCUGGAGGCAUAUCAGCCUAUUCGGCCGAAGCACAAAGGGUUGGUUUGGGACCAUUUCUAGAGAAUGUAAAAUCGACGUAUUACAAAAUGAACCCAAAUCUCAUCGUCAGGAAUCCCGAUGCAACUCCAAGCACAAUAAGACAAGAAUUYAGYCCAUACAACUGUCAUCCAAGCGCUCUCAAGAAACGUACGGACGCUGCCAAGUCGCUUUAUAACAAAGGGGCAAAAAUGUUAAAGGACGUUAACCGCGCCAAGCUUGCACCACGUGAACUGAAAGCCCUUAUGCAAGCUCAACAUUUUCUACAAAGUAAUUUUGGAGCUCCGUACGACGAGAACUACUACGCUGGUGAUUGGUUACUUGGACCUAAUUUGUUCUGCUGGCAGCCUAUAUGUGGAGUUGGUAGUGAUCUUUCAUCACAUUUCAACCUAAAAAAGACGGGAUUUCAGCCUGCAAAUGAAGGAGACUUGGAGUUUGUGAUCGCUCAUUUAAAGAACCUUAGUGACUCUCUAACGCAAUACGUUGAGAACUUGAAGUACGGGAUAAAAGCUGGAUAUGUAAGAUCUGUCGAGGAAUGUGAAGUAGGAUUAUUAACAAUGAAGAGGAAGUUCAAGACCAUCUCGAAGGAGGGUGAAAGAGGAAUUCUGAAUUCAAGCUAUGUGAAACAAAUGAGAAACCCUGAAUGGUACGCGAAAAUCAACUCUGAUACCAAAACAUCCUGGAACAGCAAGCAUGGCAAAGACGUUCAACAAUCCAUCGACGAUUCUUUGGUUGAAUACGUUGGUCAACCUGUCUAUAACCUACUUCAAUACCUGGAAUUCAACCAUUCGCAGUACUGUGUCCCGUCUAAUGUUUCCAGUGGACUUGCAAAUCUUCCUUUGGAUUAUGUUUACUUCAAAGGAAACAAAACGAAUGAAACGACCACAAAAGUCCUUCCUUUCGGAGAAAAAUUAAGCGGCAAAGACGCCUACAAAGGCAUUUUGCCGUAUUUCACUACAACAGAUAUGACCCCUGACGAGGUAGACCAACUUGGCUGGAAAAUGCUUAACCAGUUAUAUCCACAAGCUGUAGAAAUUGCUAAGACCAUAACAGGAUUGAAUGACAGCGAUGAAGCAGUUGUGGAGUUUAAGAAGAAACUCGAGGAUCAAUCGAUGUUUUUCAAUGACAAGCCAAUUCCUUUGAACGAGUCCAACAACGAAGCAUUCGAAAAAUGCGUUGAUAUGGCGAGUGCAAAGAUAUAUUGUCCAGCGAGAUAUGCUUCGAUGUUGAAAUGGUUUGAAUAUGUAAAUGGUGUGCUAUCUCUUCUCGCCCCGUUGCAAGUUCGAAUGUUCUAUUAUACAGGUCAAAAGCAAAGUCAACCCAACUGUCCAGUCCAACUAGUUGCAAACUUUAACCCUGGAACAGGCUCACAGAGUUACCAGUCCAGUGAUAAGGCCUGCACGCGUCCGUGCAGAUAUCGUCUACCGUUUUACCUUAAGGAUCAUGGUCCCAGAUAUAACGCAUAUUCUGUGGCCGCUCACGAGGCGAGACCCGGGCACCACACUCAGGUCCACGCUUUUACCGAGUUGUUCAGCGAUGAUCGUGGUGAUGUUAUUAGCUGGUUGAAUGGUGUUAGCUAUUACACUGCCUUUACAGAGGGCUGGGCCUUGUACGCAGAGAAUCCACUUAUCAACCAAGAGACAAAUAUCUACGACGACUUACCGAUACAAAGAUAUGGCAUGCUGAAAUGGCAAAUAUGGCGCGCUCUUCGACUUAUUAUCGAUACGGGUCUGCAUUAUAGAGGAAUGACUAGAGAUGAAGCCCUGGAGCUGUUCGCAAAGUAUGCCUGGGAUCGCACAGACAAAGCCAUCAAGGACGUCACUCGUUACCAAAGUGACCCAGGCCAGGCUACGGCAUACAUGAUUGGUCAACUAGCGAUAUGGAACUACCGCAAUGAUACCACCACGAAACUUCAGCAAAAUGGAAAGAAAUUCAAUGAAAAGGAUUUCCAUUUUCAGGUUCUUUCUCAGGGAUCAUCUCCACUAAGUUAUCUUGAAGCUCACCUUCAGAAGUUUACUGACUGUACCAUCGAUCCGAAAGGUUCAGGCUGCGAUACAAUUUUAAAUCCCAAAUUCAAGUCUAGGCAAAACGCUAAAAAAACGCAAGUUAACAACAAAGCCAGGUUAUUCACUGACGACGAGGACCAGGACAACGUGGACUUUGAUGGAAUGUAUGAAUCAAGGCCGAGAGACGUGAGGUUUAACUACGAACAUUAUGAUUGAUUUGUACUUCCAUAAAUGUUUAGAGUAUUAAAAUUGAGUACAAAAUAUUUUUUAUGAUAUAUUAGCUGUUUUCAAUAAUCUCUGUGUCUGGGUCAAACGUCGCACUUAACGUGAGUAUCAUUAAGUUGAUUUAAAAGUACAACUUCUGACGUGAGGUUUAAUUACGAACAUUACGAUUGAUUUGUACUUCAAUAAACGUUUAGAGUAUUAAAAUUGAGUACAAAAUAUUUUUCAUGAUAUAUUAGCUGUUUUGAAUAACCUCUGGCUCUGGGUUAAAAGUCGAACUUAAACGCGAGUGUCAUUCAGUUGAUUUAAAAGUACAAUGUCUGACUGGUAACUGACAGUAACUAUAGAGCUUUUAAAACAAAUAUGGCGACCUUCGUUGUCAUAAACAAGACUUAACCCCCCCCCCCCCCCCAUUGCGCAAUGCAUUAUGGGAAUGUGAAAGUAGAGAAUUGGACAACUAGAAGUGUUUAUAUAUACUUUCUUAGGCAUAACACAUGAACUUAUGAUAAGAGAACUCGCGUCUGCUAAACUAGAUUAAUUGGAUCCUUCUGAAUUCGACGUCCAAGGACGACUUAAUGAGCAGUUUAUAACCGGUUACUUAGGCACACCACACAAAAACUACGUUGAAUAAUUGGAUCAAUUUGAAUUGGACGUUCAAGGACGACGCAAUAAAGUACGACGUUUGACUCAGGUCCUAUAAUAAUACACUAGCGUUGUUAAAAGUUAUGUUAGUAUAUCAUUGUUUUAGUGUACAGGUAUGGCUUAUUGUAUAUGCAUUGUUUAUUUUAUAAUUAUUAAAGAUUAUUAUUGUAGUUUUAA